CCCCAGCACCCCCAAGAGAGAGUUGGAUCACUCGCCUUCCGGUGGUAUCACACACGAUCCUAGACCACGCACAACAAUUACUGCCCAGGUAUUUCCACAGUUAUGGCUUGUGUGGGUUUUGGUUCACGAUGGAGAUGAUGGAUACAAUAAUGUAUUUCGACAACAAAACUUUCAAUUCUUGUGAAUGGCUCUCCAACUAAAUAGUUCUUUAUCGAAAAGGGAUUGCGACAAGGGGACUCUUUAUCAACAUCUUUAUUCAAUAUAGCAACUAAGGGUCUUAGUAGAAUGCUAAAAUUAAAACAGAUGUGAUUUGGGACUUAUAAAAGGAAUUUGUUUUGGUCACUUUCAAGUUCGUAGAUGAUACACUCAUCUUCAGUUCAUAUGAUUUUCCAUCUCUUCAAAACAUCAAAAGAACGAUGUGAUGUUUUGAGUUGAUUCCUAGGCUGAAGGUUAAUUUCCACAAGAGCUCAAUCACUAGAACUAGAAUUGAUGAUGUUGUUAUUUCUUCAACUGCUAGCAAUCUAAUAUGUAGGAUGGAGGGGAUGCCAUUUAAGUAUUUGGGUCUGCCUAUUUAUGCAUCUUCAUCUCAUACAUCCGUUUGGAAAACUAUUGCUUGAUUAACUCAAUUAUAAAUAAUCUUUCUUUAUUUCCUAUCCCAUCCACUGUUGCUACCAAAAUUGAGAAACAUAUCAUAUCUUUCUUUGGUUCUCAGGAGGAAGGAGGGAAAAAACUAUGCAAUGUUAAAUGGGCAUCAGUGGUUCCUCCAAAAAAACAAAAAAGGUGGGUAUAGACUGCAUUAUUGAUAAAAAUAAAGCCUUGUUUUUCAAAUGGCUAUGGAGGUUUGGGAGGUCUAAUACAAGACUAUGAAAAGAUGUUAUCUACAACAUCCACAACCAAAAAGCAUAUUUGAACAUGCCUUUAGUUUGUGUUCAUUUAAAGGGUAGUACAUGGUCUAGGCAUGUCAUUACUUUUUAUAAGAACGAGGGACUUCAAAAUAUUGCCAAGAAAGAAGUUUGUGGUUUGGUUGGCAAUGGUAGAGAUAUUAACUUAUGGAAUGAUGUCUGGCUGGUAGAUUCUUGUCUUGCAGUUCAAUUUCCUAGACUUUAUAGUCCACCUGAAGAUCAUGUCUCCCCUGUAGCUACUGCAGCAGUAAAAGCUUCUAUCCAACCAGCCAGUGGGAGGCCUUCCCCUGUUGCUAGCAAUGGAGCUUCUUCAAGUAGCUAAAGUUUUGCUUCAAUAAAUACCACGACAUCAGCAAUAACUGGUGCUACAACAAUGAGCUUCUACCCUAACUUCCCUGGCAAAAUUGUAGAAUGGUGCGUACGAGAUUCCAAUCCCUGAACAUGUUGGGGGCCACAAUAGCCUACAGAGGAACCCAUCCUUAGGCUAUGCCUUUCUUCAAUGGAUCAAUUUUAUUCUUCUUGAAUGCUUCAUCCUUCACAGCUUCAGCGACAGCAACCAUUCAUACAGACACAGCAAAGCCAACAGGGUCAUCAAAAUCCACGUAUUUCUAGUGGCUCCUCGUCAUCCCAGAAGCAUUUGCAGAAUUAGGUGGAAUCAGCAGUGGUCAUCAAGAUCCAACCAAUUACAGAAUCAUCAGCAGAAUCAUUCCCUGCCGAACUAGCAGCGGCAGCUGAUGCAAAAUCAGAAUGUUACUCACGAACACCUCCUCCUUUUGCAAUGUCAUUUGCUCCAUCAACGGAACCACAACUUCCCCAGGUCUUGAUGUUUCAUUGAUGGUACAGAAUCAUGCUCUUCUCCAAAGCCCUCCAGAGACAGCAAGUCAUGGCUAUCACUUCAUCACUGCGGCCCAAGCAACACAGCAGAUGAAUUACCGUGUGCCUGAAGAAGGGGAAAAUGGAGGAAAUGACACUUCAAAUAUGGAAGGAGAGAGGAAGGCCGAUAUGGUUGGAGGACAGACCCCAUUAACUGGUGGGCAGUCAAUUGUGUUCUCUCGGCUAGAUUUAACAGACUCCUCUGUUUCAACAAUGCCUGUGAACAAUGUUGUUGAUAGCUCAGCCCGAACUCUUAACCUUGGGUCCACUCUUGCUCGGACCUCAAGCCCUGUUAUGUCAGCUACUAUUGGCAGUGUAAAUGCACCAAGUAUACAACAACAGAUGCAGUGGAAUCAGCAGCAGCAGCAACGAAGUCAGCAAAUCCUUCAACUUCAGAAGCGUCAACAAUUUGCAGCUGCAGCUUCCACUCGUAGUGAAACACCAACAACUAGUAAUGGAAGUGUUUAUUCGGACCACAUCUCAUCAUCAUCAUCUAUGGGCACCAAGUUACCUAAUGCACUUUUGCAUUUCCUCAAAAUCUUGUUCAAAGCGGCAGUAGCAGCAGCAGUUAACAAAGUAUGCACUGCAACAGGCUCAACUAAUCUACGCUAAUGCUUUUAUGCAAGCUCAAGCUCAAGCUCAACAUGUGGCAAAUUCAACAAGCUUUGCAUCAACAGCUAGUGGGUUUCAUCUGCAAAGACAUCGCAAUGAGCAGCAACCGCAAUGCAUCGGCAACCUCUUCUACAAGGAUGUUGUUGUUAUGUCAUCCGGUCAUGUAAAUUUUUGUGAUUCCCAACCUCCUAGCAACCACGAGAGGAUGUUUCCAGUUUUUUUUUUUCAACAGCUAAUGCUUAGAUAACAAAAAUAGAGGAAUAACUGAUAGAGCUCCAGCAUUCGAGCAGAGUUUAAUAAAAAAAUAUAAAGUAAGGUUAGAUGCGUGAGCCUUGUUUUGUAAAUUUUUAUUUGAAUUUUAAUAAUUAUUUUUAAUUGUUAUGUAUAUGACAUAAAAAUUUGUUCAUGAAAUUUCAAUUUAAA